ACUAAGCCGUCUUCUACCCGAUCUGCCCCUGCCCAGUGCGACAACCUGUGUACAUUAUGGAGCCUGACUUGAAGAUGAAGGAGGAUCCACAGCUGGUCGAGGCCAAUGUCCAAGAAGGCCAAAUCAAUAGUGCGGAGGGUCUGCAACGGCGACUCGAGAACCGACAUGUUCAACUGAUCGCCAUUGGAGGCUCCAUUGGGACGGCACUGUUCGUCACUAUCGGCAAUGGCCUCGCCGCAGGGGGCCCGGCCAGUCUGCUGAUUGCAUACGUCCUGUACUGUGGGGUGCUCGCUUGUAUCAACAAUUGUCUCUCGGAAAUGAUUGUCCUGCAUCCGGUGUCCGGUGGGUUCAUCCGUAUCGCGGGCAAGUGGGUGGACGACGCCCUCGGUUUCAUGGUCGGCUGGAAUUUUUUUCUCUACGAAGCUCUCAUGAUCCCCUUCGAGAUCACCGCCAUCAACCUGAUCCUUGGCUACUGGAGAGACGAUAUCCCCGUCGCCGCAGUGUGUGUGGCAUGUAUCGUUCUUUUUGCUGCGAUCAAUGCUCUCGCCGUCGCGGCGUACGGGGAGGCUGAGUUCUGGCUCUCCUCGGGGAAGGUCAUCCUGAUCUUCAUGCUCUUUUUCUUCACCUUCAUUACCAUGGUUGGCGGUAACCCAGCUCACGAUGCAUACGGGUUUCGCUAUUGGAACGAUCCCGGCCCCUUUGCCACGCAUCGCACGACCGAUAGCCUGGGUCGGUUUGAGGGUUUCCUGGCUGCCAUCUGGUCUGCUGCUUUCUGCAUUGUGGGACCCGAAUAUAUCGCGAUGGCCGCUGCCGAGUCUAGACGGCCCCGGAUCUUUGUCAAGGCUGCCUUUAAAACCAUUUACUGGCGGUUUGUCUUAUUCUUUGCCCUAGGUGCCCUGUGUGUCGGCAUCGUCAUUCCGUGGAAUGACCCAACUCUGCAAGCCAUUCUUGCCGGGGAGAGCAAUGAGAAAGGAGGUGGUGCGUCUCCCUAUGUCAUUGCAAUGUCGAAUAUGAAGAUCCGCAUCCUGCCUGACAUCGUCAAUGCCCUGCUCAUAACGUCCGUCUUCUCGGCGGGCAACACCCUCACCUACUGCGCCACUCGAUCCCUCUACGGCUUGGCCCUCGACGGUCGGGCACCGAAAAUCCUGAGCAAGACGAAGAACGGAGUCCCUCUCUAUGCGUUUGGCGUCGUCAUGUGUUUUCCGUUCCUGUCUUUCCUACAGCUCUCCGACAACUCGUCCCAAGUCUUGACGUGGUUAGUCAACUUGGUUACGGCCGGUGCACUCAUUGACUAUCUGGUCAUCUGUAUCACGUACAUCCAGUUCCAUCGGGCAUGCAAAGCGCAGGGCAUCGACCGACAACAAUUUCCAUACUACGGCUAUUUCCAGCCGUACUGCUCCUACCUCGGUGCGGUGUGCAUGGUCCUGGUCUUACUCUUCUACGGGUAUACCGCAUUCGCGCCGUGGAAUGUGGAGACUUUCUUCCAGAAUUACACCAUGCAGAUCAUCGCCCCCAUAUUGUAUUUUGGAUGGAAGUUCGCUCACCGGACGAAGAUCCUCAAGCCGCAGGAAGUCGACUUGGUUUGGGACCGACCGAUAGUGGACUCCUACGAAGCUACCUUCACCAGUCCUGCGCCAGGGUUCUGGGCCGAAAUGAUUCAAAUGUUCCGGUUCAAACGACCGCAAGCAGAGCCGGUUAAUGUCUAGGAUGUAAGCCUUUUGGGGUACAUCGUGUGGCUACGGAAUGGGCCUUGAGCUUUCCUCGCGUCUCAAAUGGGCCCUGUUGAUUAUCAAGAAUAAAAUUGUUUAGUUUAUCCAAUGACACAGUCACACUGCACCAGACCUGUAUUCGCUGUUCCGUAGACCAAACCCCUUGUGAAGCCACCGAACUGUUGCUCGACGGGGUGUUUGAGCAUUUCAUAAGAUCAUCAAACAUCAUUUCUUGGGCCUGAGAGGCAUAACCCUACCGAGGAUGUCACUUUUGUGCUGGAAGGCUGCCUCGUAGAUAAUGGAGUAGUCUGUACUAUGGGCAAACACAGAAACUCACCAUUAAUAGAAUACAACGUGGAAACACUAGUCAGAACCCAAGAAUAUAGAGAGGUGUACGGAUGUAUGUAUGUAUGUAUGUAUAGACUUGGCUGUGAUCUCUCCAUGUCAUCCCUUCCGGGUGGGCCCGACCUUAUCCAAACACUUCCGGUUUUGCCCGACCGCCAGGAAAGCGACCGACC